AUGAGUGAUAUGCUUGAUGAUAGUUAACUAAAUGGAAAUCCAACAGCAGGAGUGACUGAAAGUGAAAAUGACUGGUUCUUUGAUUUGAUCAUUACUUUCUUAAAGAGUCCAAGAUGGAAGACCCCUAUAUUGAGUUUUCUAGAUGAACACUGUGUUAUCUUUGAUAAUGAUGAUGAAAAUAAACUAGAAUACACCAUUAUACAUAAUGAUUUUAAAAAGAUCGUUGAUGAGCUCUUGUGUGAGCUGAUGGCUGAGUUAGACAUUACUUAGGAGUAGUUUAUGGAAGCUUGUGAUAAAGCAUAGGAGAACCCAAUUCAUAAAAAAGUUGUUGAUCAGUUGAUUGCAGUCGAUAACUUUAUGGCAUUUAGGAAGUUGAUGAUCAAAAGAAAUUCAGAACUAAACGAGGAGGCCUUGAAAUUAAUGUUGGAAAGAGAGCAAAAACAAGUUUAGUUAAAAUUAGCAGAAUAGAUCACUUAACAACAAGAGCAAUAGCAGUAGCAAAAAUAAUAAGAGACUGUCAAUCCAACAUAAACAGCUGGAGGAACCAUAAUUCAUUAAGGAGUGGAUCUCGAAGAAUUGAGAAGGGAGUAGAUGGAAUAUGAGCUCGCUCUAUAAAUGUCUAUGGUCCAAGAAGAAGAGACUAAGCAUCAAGAUUUAGAAGAGGAGGAAAUGCUAAAGAUGGUUAUGGAAAUGAGCAUCAAAGAAGAAGAAGCAAGAAAAGCAAGAGAGGAGGAAAAAGAAGUAGAAUAGAAAAAAUAACUAGAAAAGAUUGAGAAGAAAUCAUUAGAGGAUCAUGAACUUUAAUAGAAGAGAGCUUAAGAAUCAGCAAAGAUACUAGAAAAGGCUUAGUAAGAAAGUCUAAAAAUUGAAGCUAAAGUAGAAGUACAGUAAGAGGAGCUACAGGUAUAACAACAAGUUUAAAUAAACACAUGUACAGCUGUUUAAGAAGAGGAGAAGAAAGAGUCUCCUAAGAAAGAAAAGACUAUCUCAGCUCCUAAAUAAUCUUAUAAUCUUCCACCAGUUUCCCUGAAGAAAGGGGGUGGUGCAUUUGAUCCGGACCUUCUUAAGGAUCAGAAGAAUUAAAUACUAAAAGGAUUGAAUAGUAUGGACGAGGAACUAGCAUUACUAGAAACUAGGAAAAAGAACGAUGACUUUGAUGGAAAAACAAUGGCUGAGGUUCUUAAGUAAAAAAGAGAGGAAACUGAAAAGAUCCUUGAAAAUACUAAGAUCAACUAGCAAGAAUCAAUGGAGGAUAGAAGGUUAAGACUUAGAGCAAAUAGAGAUAUGCUUUUGAAGAUGAAAAAGGAGUAAAGAUAGCAAGAGUUGGAUGAUUUUAAAGGCAAAGUCUCAAACAAACAGGACUUGCACAAGGAGCUCAAAGAAAUUGAUCAAAAAAUUAAAGCAAAAGAACAAAUAAAGAAGAUCGAGGAGAACUUUGACUUUGAGACAAUGGAAGGUUCAGAAUAAGAUAAGAGACUUGCUUUGUAUAGAAAUCUUAGAGAAAAUCUCUAGGCCGACAUAUCAAAUGCAUCCCAAAGUGAAUAGAGAGCAAAAAUGGAUGAAGUUAAUAAGAAGAUUCAAGCCCUAGAAAAAGCAAAGAAAGAAAGAGAUCAAAGAGAUCUUAUCUAGAAAGAAGCUAUCGAGCAAGCAAGACAAGAUAAAAACAAAGGAUUCCUAAGCGGAAUCAAAUCAUAUAGUAUUGAAGAUAUUUGA